AUGGCAGAGGACCACCCAUCAAGUGCGGCCACGACCGACCUGAAGGCCAACGUGGAGCGGUUCAUGGGCUUUGCCGACGUGUACGACGCCGCGCGUCCCACCCCGCCCGCCGACCUGGUAGACCUGCUCCUGCGCUACGCGGGGCGCACCCGCGCCGCCUGCGUGGCCGACAUCGGGUGCGGCACAGGGCUGUCGACGUGGCUGUGGCAGGGCAAAGCGGACGAGGUGGUGGGCGUGGAGCCCAGCACGGACAUGCUGGCCCAGGCGGAGAAGGGGCGCGCGCUCUACCCCGACGGCGCGUCCAACGUGCGCUUCGUCAACGCCCUCUCGACCGCCACGGGCCUGCCCGACUCCUCUGUCGACAUCGUGACCGUCUCCCAGGCCCUCCACUGGAUGGACCCGACCCCCACCUUCGCCGAGGCUGUCCGCAUCCUGCGUCCCGGUGGCCUAUUCGUCGCGUACGACUGUGACUGGCCGCCGGCCACGGGCUGCUGGGAGGCCGAACAGCGCUACACGGACUGGCUCAAGGAGGUCAAGGCCGUGGGCCGCCAGCGCGACCUCUACCGCGACGUCAAGAAGUGGGAGAAGGAGGAGCACCUCGGCCGCAUGGCCGCCAGCGGCCUCUUCCGCUGGGUUCGGGAGCUGAUCGUCCACAGCGACCAGGAGACCGGCGACGCCCGGCGGCUGCUGCAGCUGGCCCUGAGCCAAGGCCACGUCGCCACCGUGCGCAAGGCCGGGGUGAGCGACGACGAGCUCGGCAUCGGCGCCCUGCUCGACCAGUUCACCCAAUGGAUGGGCACCGAGCCGCGGCCCUGGGUCUGGGGCUACCGCGUUCGUCUCGGCGUAAAAUAA